AAAAAAAGCAUGGCGGCCCCCAAGAUGAGCAUGGGUAAACCUACCGCGGACCGUUUACCGUGCAAUACCACCAGUUUUCAGAAGAAAUCACGAAGCAAACUAGUUUCAAUACCUGGCACAAGACCUUCGAUUCAAAAUGGGCAACUUAUUGUUUCGACUGGUGUCACAUCUCUCGACUACGUGAUUGGUGGUGGUUUAGCAGUUGGAACCCUUCUACUCAUAGAGGAGGACCGAUAUGACAGCUACUCUCGUAUGCUGCUCAAGUACUUCCUGGCAGAGGGGGUGGUGUGUGGACAUGAACUCUACGUGGCGUCUGCUCUGGACCACCCCAAUGACAUCCUACAGGAACUCCCCGCCCCCAUCCUGGAUGACAUCGCCAGCCCCAAAACAGUGGAGGACCAGGCAAAGUCAUGUGACCCUGAGAGUCAGGACGCCAUGAAGAUCGCCUGGCGCUACCAGCACCUGCCAAAAGUACAGACGGCCCUGGCGUCCUCGUCGAGGUUCGGACACUACUACGACGUCUCCAAGACAAUGGACACUGAGAUCUGCCAGGCAGCCAGGUGCCACGGCUUCUACCUUCCAGAACACUCCACCGCUGUGACAUCACCCACUGCCACCAGGCAGAGCCCUAUGCCAGAGACCUACUCCUCUCUGCUGAACAAUCUCCAGGAGGUCAUCCACAGGGAAGGCUUUGAUGGAUCCGUCCCCCAGACCAAGUCACGGAACAUCCUACGAAUCGGGCUGCACUCCCUCGGCUCCGCCCUGUGGGGUGACGACCUAUGUUGCCGUGAAAACCCAAGCCACGGCCACGCCCUCACCACCUUCCUUUACGGCCUUCGGGCCAUGCUGAGGUCAUCGCUCUCUGUCGCCGUGGUUACCGUGCCCUCACACCUCAUCCAGAACAGAGCUCUGAUGGGCAAUAUAACCAGGUUGUGUGACACGGCCAUCGCUCUAGAGUCCUUCAGAGGCUCAGAGAGAGAGACCAACCCCCUGUACAAAGAUUACCACGGUCUGCUAGAUGUACGUCAGCUGCCCUAUCUGAACUGCCUGGUGUGUGAUCUGCCCGACAACAAGGACCUGGCCUUCAAACUCAAGAGGAAGCAGUUCACCAUUGAGAGACUACAUCUGCCUCCAGACCUGUCAGAGACAGUGAGUCGUGUGAGCCGGGGAGAGCUGACAGGGACAGCCAUGGUGGGCUCCUCAGGCUGUGGCUCCGGCUCCACUGGCAACAGACAUCUGGACUUCUAGAACCCCCCUCACCAUCAUCACCGCUGGCAACAAACAUCUGGACUUCUAGAACCCCCCUCACCAUCAUCACCGCUGGCAACAGACAUCUAGACUUCUAGAACCCCCCUCACCAUCAGCACCGCUGGCAACAAACAUCUGGACUUCUAGAACCCCCCUCACCAUCAUCACCGCUGGCAACAGACAUCUGGACUUCUAGAACCCCCCUCACCAUUAUCACCGCUGGAAACAAACAUCUGGACUUCUAGAACCCCCUCACCAUUAUCACCUCUGGCAACAAACACCUGGACUUCUAGAACCCCUUCACCAUUAUCACCGCUGGCAACAAACACCUGGACUUCUAGAACCUCCUCACCAUUAUCACCGCUAGCAACAAACAGCUGGACUUCUAGAACCCCCUCACCAUUAUCACCGCUGGCAACAAACACAUGGACUUCUAGAACCCCCUCACCAUUAUCACCGCUGGCAACAAACACCUGGACUUCUACAACCCCCUCACCAUUAUCACCGCUGGCAACAAACACCUGGACUUCUAGAACCCCCUCACCAUUAUCACCACUGGCAACAAACAUCUGGACUUCUAGAACCCCCUCACCAUUAUCACCGCUGGCAACAAACACCUGGACUUCUCAAACCCCCUCACCAUUAUCACCGCUGGCAACAAACACCUGGACUUCUAGAACCUCCUCACCAUUAUCACCGCUGGCAACAAACAGCUGGACUUCUAGAACCCCCUAACCAUUAUCACCGCUGGCAACAAACACCUGGACUUCUAGAACGUCCUCACCAUUAUCACCGCUGGCAACAAACAUCUGGACUUCUAGAACCCCAUUAUCACCGCUGGCAACAAACACCUGGACUUCUACAACCCCCUCACCAUUACCACCGCUGGCAACAAACAGUUGGACUUCUAGAAUCCCCUUACCAUUAUCACCGCUGGCAACAAACAUCUGGACUUCUAGAACCCCCUCACAAUUAUCACCGCUGGCAACAAACAUCUGGACUUCUAGAACCCCCUCACAAUUAUCACCGCUGGCAACAAACACCUGGACUUCUCGAACCCCCUCACCAUUAUCACCGCUGGAAACAAACACCUGGACUUCUCACACCCCCUCACCAUUAUCACCGCUGACAACAAGGAGCUGGACUUCUAGAACCCCCCUCACCAUUAUCACCGCUGGCAACAAGGAGCUGGACUUCUAGAACCCCCCUCACCAUUAUCACCGCUGGCAAAAAUCAUCUGCACUUCUAGAACCCCCUCACCAUUAUCACCGCUGGCAACAAACACCUGGACUUCUAGAACCUCCUCGCCAUUAUCACCGCUGGCAACAAACACCUGGACUUCUAGAACCUCCUCGCCAUUAUCACCGUUACACCACUGUCACAUUGUCAACCGUUUCCCUGCCAACCGUUUUCGCCCGCCAAUCUUUUCCCUUCAACUGUCCAAGUGGCCUAGCACCCUCCUUCUUUUUACUAGGACAGUUUGACAUUUUAUAUUUUAGUCAUUUUAGUAAAUGCUAUUGUCUAGCGCGACUUACAAUACCUGUAUUGAAGUAAGGAGGCAGCGACACUCCAUCCAAGCCCCUCUAUGUAACUCUGUCAUCUUGGUGUGACUGGGCCUGUCUCAGGGAGAGAGAGAGAGAGAGACGGGGGGGUCAUUUCAAUGGGAUAUCUGUAAUGAAACACACGAUACACCUUUCUGCUAUUUCACCAUCCUGCUGUUUCACCAUCCUGCUAUUUAACCAUUCAAUCAAAGGCAUCUUGAAAAUAUGUUUUUUGAUAAGUUGAAUAAAUGUGUAUAAAUCCA